CAGAUAUCAGACGAGCCCGCUAUGCGGUGGUCGUGAAGUAGGGCAAGGGUAUUACAGCGUCGCUUGACUCGAGAGCAACCGCGCUUCGUCUCCUCCGCCUCUCCUUAAGCACCCGCCGUCUGCCACUCCACUCCCCGUCCUCGCGAUAGGAUCGAAUCUCAUCGGCUUAGCUCAGGGAGUACUGCUAUAUAACCGAGAAGGCAAUGCAGGCAUCUAUCGAGAAGCGCAUCCGCAGCGUCUUCCAGAUCCCGCGCAAAGGCGAAACAUAUGAGCUGCGGAGCGGUCUGGUCUCGCAGUAUGCCUACGAACGGAAGGAUGCCAUUCAGCGGACAAUUGCCGCCAUGACGCUCGGCAAGGACGUGUCGUCGCUGUUCCCGGAUGUGCUGAAGAACAUUGCGACUCCGGAUCUUGAGCAGAAGAAGCUUGUUUAUCUCUAUCUGAUGAACUACGCAAAGAGUCACCCAGAUCUUUGUAUUUUGGCUGUCAACACUUUUGUCCAGGACUCUGAGGACAGCAAUCCCUUAGUAAGGGCGCUCGCCAUUCGAACGAUGGGCUGCAUCAGAGUGGAUAAGAUUAUUGAUUACAUGGAAGAGCCGCUUAGAAAGACUUUGAGGGACGAGAGCCCUUAUGUUCGAAAAACCGCCGCUAUCUGUGUGGCGAAGCUGUUUGAUCUCAAUCCGACGCUGGUUGUUGAGAACGGCUUCUUAGCUACCCUCCAGGGCCUGCUUUCAGAUUCCAACCCAAUGGUCGUCGCCAACGCUGUCAGUGCUUUGACUGAGAUCCAGGAGACUGCGCCGGAGACUAAGGCGCUUAUCGUUGAUUCCGAUAUCUUGAAGAAGCUUCUGACUGCCUUGAAUGAAUGCACGGAAUGGGGCCGGAUUUCCAUCCUCACGUCGAUUGCCGAGUACCGUACCACAGAUGUUCGAGAAGCCGAACAUAUUUGCGAGCGCGUCGUUCCCCAGUUCCAGCACGUGAAUCCGAGUGUUGUUCUUGCUGCGGUCAAGACAGUGCUGUGUCACAUCCACCUCCUAAAUCCCGAGCUGCACAAGCAGUAUCUUGACAAGAUGUCGCCUCCAUUAGUCACUCUUGCGGUGUCGCAACCGGAAGUGCAAUACGUCGCUUUACGAAACAUCAACCUGAUCCUGCAGAAGUAUCCCGAUAUUUUGAGCAACCAGCUCCGAAUAUUCUUCUGCAAGUAUAACGAUCCGCUGUAUUUGAAGGUCGAGAAGCUGGAUAUCAUGAUCAGACUAGCAAACCCGAAGAAUGUGGACACUCUGCUCUCGGAGUUGAAGGAGUAUGCAUUGGAAGUCGAUAUGGAUUUCGUUCGUCGUGCUGUUAAAGCUAUUGGACAGUGUGCGAUCAAAGUGGAGAGCUCUACUGAGCGAUGCGUCAACGUGCUCUUGGAUUUGAUUGCGACCAAGGUGAAUUACGUUGUUCAGGAGGCCGUCAUCGUCAUGCGUGAUAUUCUGCGGAGGUACCCUGGAUACGAGGGUGUGAUCCCUACGCUUUGUCAGGGUAUCGACGAGCUUGAUGAGCCCGAGGCACGAGCGGCUAUGAUUUGGAUUGUGGGAGAGUAUGCGGACAAGAUCGAUAACGCAGACGAGCUAAUAGCGACGUUCAUCGAAGCGUUCACCGACGAGCCUACGCAGGUCCAGCUGCAGUUGCUCACUGCCACAGUCAAGCUCUUCCUUCUCAAGCCCCAGACAUCGCAGCCGCUGGUUCAGAAAGUGUUGCAGACUAUCACGAACGAGUGUGAUAACGCUGAUUUGCGAGACAGAGCUUACAUCUACUGGCGUCUGCUGUCGACCAACCCUCAAACGUCGAAGGAGAUCAUUAUGGCGAAGAAGCCUCCAGUCAAGGAUGUUAUUGCUCACUUGCCCGAGCCUGUUUUAGAAGGACUUCUUCACGAACUGUCGACUCUGGCUUCAGUCUACCACAAACCGGCCGAGACGUUCGUAGGCCAAGGCCGCUUCGGCGCCGACGCUCUGCAGAAGAAGGCGCUCGAGGAACAAGCCCAGCUAGCGCAGGAAGAGCCGAUCCAGGUCUCGACAAAGACGGGCAACCUCGAGAACCUACUAGACAUAGAUUUCGACCUCGAGCCGGUCUCGUCGACUCCCCCUCCUCCCGGCGCCAGCGCGAUGUCGCCGACUACCUCUGCCGCGGGCAUCGCGGCGAUGAACCUGAACGGAGACGCGGCUGCUGCUGCUCCGGGUCUUGCUACGUCUCCUCCUCUGGAUACGAACCAGCCACAGCAGUUCCGGAGUAAUGUCGAGGAUCUGUUGGGAAUGUUUGAUUGAUGAAUUUUUGUUUCCUUUUCAUAAAAAUUGCUUAAUACUACGUUUUCUCGUUCAUAUGUGUAUGUGUUUAUGUCUGUGAAU